AUGGUCUACCACGGCGGCAUGGCCAGUCCGCCACCGAGCGAUGGCCUCGUUCCUGCAUCGUCUCCCACUCUCCCUUCCUCCCCGCCGUCACGGAUGUCUCGAAAGGAAAAGAAGAAGUCCAUCCUGACGCCCCGGAAGUUUCGUCGUUUCUUCACCCCUCGCGGAAUGCCCUCACAGAUAUCUCGGGAAAGACCAGCCCUUGGCGAGCUACGCAGUCCAGCACUCAACGUUCAACCGACACCUCCACGAUCCAGCCCUCACUUCAAUGAACCGAUAUCACCCACUUCGAAUCACAGCAGCAGUGUGCUUUCCCCUUUUGGCAGCGAAGAUGGUCCCAGGAAGCGGAAACGGAGCGUUGUCAACGCUAUACCCAUGAAGUUGCCACAGUCAAGCCGCAGCUCAGACACGAAGCGUUCAAGAACUCAACCGGAGGAUUUGGAGGAAGAUUACCCUCUUGGCCGAAGUCCUAUUGCGAGAUCAUCGUUGCAACAAGACGAGAACGCUCGGUCCGAGGAUCACCCCAUGGGUUCGCCUGAGAUGCUCUCGCCCUCGACUAGUCGAACGGCAGCUCUGGGCAGAACGUACCCGACAGGACCUCAAGUUACACCAGACGAGUUCGCGCGGAGGCUUAGCUCCUUGACUGCCAGCAACUUUGCGACCUCGGGGUAUGAGGGUCUUCGGCCUAGGUCUACGCUGAUUGACUACUUCAAGUGCAACCGGGCAGGGAUUCCCGCUUCUAGCAGAGGAAAGGCUAUUAAAACUCUUCCCAAGCUUCCUCUGCCACCAAAGGAUGAUCCUAUUGUUCCGGAGUACCGGCCGCAACCCGUGUUUAAGCUUCGCAACCGGGGCUUUGGUGCUCAACUGCUGCUCCGCGAGCAAGGUAGCACACCUCGCCCCGGGCGUGAGCAUCUCGAGUAUCCUGCAUUUGAUGCCCCAAUGACGGCAAUUGGUGACGAAGAGGGAUUCAUCCGCUUCUUCGACACCACCACUACCCCCUUGGGAGCGGCACCCCGUACCAAGGUUGACAUUGUCAUCCAGGCCCAUGAGAAUGCCAUCAUGGACCUCGCUUUUUCAAACGACGAUCUUCGUUUGGCGAGUGCAUGUGGUGACCGCUCUGGCAAAAUCUUUGACGUCAUGUCGCAGACGGUUGCUGUAGAAUUGAAUGGCGGUCACUUUCAAUCCAUGCGCCGUGUCGAAUUUCAACCUGGCCAAGCCAAUGGAAACGUUGUAGCCACGUCGGACCGCGACGGAAAGAUCCAGAUCUGGGAUCUGCGGUGUUCCAUGGCACCGGCCGCUGCCUUUUCCACCCGCGGCCCGGAAGGUAUCGUGCACCGCGACAGAGACCGUAACCCCCUGUGGGCCCGAACGACCAACACCCUUGACAAUGCUCAUGAUCGUACGAUUCAUGGUGUCACAUCACCGGCGUCUGUCACGGCGCUGCAGUAUAUGCCAGAAGGUCGUGAACACCUGCUUCUCUCCGCAUCGGAGGCAAAUGCCUGUAUCAAGCUGUGGGAUACGCGGUACAUAACCCCGCGCAAUAAGGAGGCAGUUCCCCUAGCCGUGACCGCCGAACCGGCAACCCAUCGCUGGCGGCCCUACGGUCUUACUUCUCUCGCCUUGAGCAGUGACGCGGCCCGCCUGUACGCGGUGUGCAAGGACAGUACGGUCUACGCUUACUCGACCUCGCACCUCAUGCUCGGCCAUGCCCCCGAACUCUCCCUUCGGCCUCCGCGCCAAAGGGCCGGCUCUGCUAUGCAGGGUUUGGCCCCCUUGUACGGCUUCAAGCACGACCUUUUCCACGUUAAGAGCUUCUACGUGCGCGGUGCCCUCCGCCCUGUAUCAGCUUCCGGCAACGAGCUUCUCGCCGUCGGUAGCACGGAUAAGUGCGCGGUCGUUUUCUCCACCGAUGAGCGCGCCAUGAGGGAGUACUGGGACACGCAGAGCCAUCUUCCAGCAACGGAAACCAUGUCCACCUCGUCAAGCGCAACUACAUUCUCGUCCCACGCAAAGUCUGUCAAUGCUGGCGGAGCUCAGGUGCCCAUCAUUCGCAACGGCACGCCCCUCAUCCGCGGCCACCGCCGCGAGGUGACGGGCCUCAGCUGGUCGAAUGAGGGUAAGCUCGUGACCAUCUCGGACGACUACAUGGUGCGCCACUGGCAGGAGGGCAACGACGACGGCGGCCGUGGUGAUGGUCGCGAUGCUUGGGAGCUGCGCACCGGAGGCGAGUUCGGCGGUAAUCGGCACAUGGCUGGUUGGGCCGACGUCGCGGACGACUGGGAUGAGGACUGCGACUCGCACUCUGAGUGUUGA